AUGAACCAGCUUCAGAAUGCCAGGCGCCUUGAGCGGCCGCGGGGUGCCCCAAAGUGGGUCCCCGUUCUGGGGGAGCUGCAGAAGACCCUCCAGAAGGGCGAGUACCUCCCCCUCCGCCCGCUGCCCAUGUUCGAGAGUAACUUUGUCCAGGUCCCCAGCUCCCGGAUGAUCCCCCUGGACCUCGUCCGUCUGUAUGUCCAUGACCUCUCCACCUGGCGCCUGAAGCUGCGCCUGGUCAGUGGCCGCUACUACUACUUGGCCCUGGACGCCCCCGAGGGUGAGGCGGGCUUCCUGUUUGAUCGCUGGAUCCACCUUAUCAACCUGCUCCAGGAGCCUGCCGCCACCUGGGCCCCCCGGACCCUGCACACACCGCCCCUGGACCUGUCCCUGGACAAAGCACCUGCCUCCACCUGGCACCUGCAGGACCCAGCCCUCCACAGACAUGCAGUCCCGGUGUCCAAGCCCAGCUUCCCUUACAAGAUGUGGACAGCCCAGAGACAGAGGAAGGCCAAGGCCCACAAGCGCAGGUUCAAGUCACAGGCGGUGGGUGACUCUGUGCCCCUCAUUUGGUCAGAGCUGGAGCACACGGACGUGAGGAGCAAAGCCCUGGAAAAGAAGUCCCACCCGGACCCCAGCCCCGGUGGGUCUGACACCCAAGUCCGCAUCCCUGGGAAGGGCAGUAUCACCAUCAAGACCAUCUACAGCAUCGUCUCCAGCACCGCCAACCAGACACAAUCCUCUUUACAGGCCUGCACAUCAGACUCCGAUGAAGCCUCAGGCCGGGGACGGAUGGCAGAGACCCCACCCCGCCCUGGCUUCUUUCCGAGCUUCUGUGAUCACCUGGACCCGUACCUGUGGCACCAGGACAUCGACGACCUUAUGGACCUUGAGUCCAGCACUCUGUCCUCUGCUUCCUUUGACCUGGCUCCCUAUCCUCCUGCCACUUACCUCUCCAGGGCUGGGGAGACGAACAGGCCCGUGGGAUCCCAGCAGAGGCCAUGGCUGCCACCCUGCCAGAAGACCCCAUUUUUUCCUGCCACACUGUGCAGGGCGCCAUUCAUUGUUGACCGAUCCCAGAAGGUCCCAGCUGUGGCUGCUCCAUCUGGAAAGCCCUCCGCUGUUCCUGGGCCAUCCCAGAAGGUCCCACCUGUGUCAGCUGUUCCCCAGAAGGCCCCAGCCCAAACGGGCACAUCCCAGAAGACCCAAGCUGUCUCAGCUAUUUCCCAGAAGGCCCCACCCACACCUGGCCCAUCCCGGAAGGCCCUAGCUGCAUCUGCCCCACUCCAGAAGGUCCUGCCCCCAUCGAAGAAGACCCUGCCUGCACCCACUCUUCCCCAGAAGGUCAUGUCCCUCCCUGUCCCAAAGAGGGACAUCCCUGCCACAUCCCAGAAGGUUCCGAGCUCACCCAUCCAACAGAAGAUGGCGCUCAGCUCACCCACCUCCCCAGGGAAGCACCCUGCCAGUGUUCACAUGUUGCCGGGGAGAAUUCCUGGGAGAGAUGCAGGGAGGCCCAAGCGGGAGGUGAUGGUGGGCACCCAGGAGACUAAGACGGUCAAGACAAGGACCCAGGCGCUGUCCCUGGAGCUGCCCUUCUCCACGACCAAGAAGGAGUCGGAGGACGUCCUGAUCAGCAAGACCCGGGAGGUGACCCUGAGGGGCUGGAGGGGCCAGGGCAAGGUGGAGGAUAGGGCCCGCCGGGCCAAGGAGGAGACGACCCUGGACCUGCCUGGCAUGAGGUCAAAGGUGGCGGAACAGCAGAAGACCUGGGUGAAGUCGCAGGGACUGACCGUCGAGGCCCCCCAGGAGCAUGGCAGACCCUUCACAGCGGAGGGGCUCGCCUUUGCCAAGCUGGUGAUCACGGCCAACUCCAAGGGGCCGCGCUUGAAGCCCACCUGGGUCUCACUGCCCUCCUGGCUCUCGGUGACAUCCCAGACGUCCGCUGUGUCUGCAAUGGCCUCAGUGCCCUUCGGCCCCAGCCGGCUGUCCUCGCUGGCAGGGACACCGGUGGUGGUCAGGGAGCAGCCAGAGCCACACACUUGGGUGAAGGAAGACGUGCAGCAAUGGACGCAGGGGAAGGAGCCACCCCAGGGCCCAGCAGGGCCAUCCAAGGGGCAUCUCCGCUCCAAGCCCACCCCAGGCAGCCCCAAGAUGGAGCUUGCUUCCCAGGCGCCCAUCCCCCUGCCUGCCUCACAGUGGGAGGACUUGCCACCAACGCCCCACUCAGAGAGCCCCAUCUCAAAGAUGGAGGCCACAGUCAGAAUGCUCCAGCAGACCAGGAGGACGGCGGAGCCUGUGCUCUUAGACAUGGAGGGUAGGAGGGACUCGGGCACCAAGGCAGAGAAGACGAAGGAGUCAGGCAUCUUUAAUCCUCCGCCCAGGCCCCGGAGUGCCGUGAGCCCCCACUGUAAGAAGCAGAGUGCCAAGAAGGCCG